AUGUAUAUAUAUUUAUAUAUAUACACACACCCACACAUAAAUAUACACACACACACACACACAAAAGUAACAAAACCCAGUAUCAUGGCCAAUGGAGAUUUCCCAAUUCGUUGCGGUUUACCUGGGAAUCCUCCAUUUUCUUUAUCUCGAAAUCAUCGUAAAUCUCUAUAAAUCUCCCAAAUUAGAUCAGUAACUCUUUUUAUCUUCUCGGAUUGGACAAAACCACUGUCUUUUUAUGCAGGUGUAUGAUUUGUUGGUGAUUUGGGUUUUUUUUUUAAAAAAAAAAAAUUGGAUUAAGCUUUGUAAGUAACGAAGCUUAAUGCUUGUGCAAAUUUGGAUAAGAUUUGUGUAUUUUAUGAGGAAUUAAGAACAAUCAAUUGAUGUCUUCGAAGGUUGAUAGAGGUGGAGUUCCGAGAAAAGGUCUAGACAUGAAGUUCAACUGGUUGAGAUCUAGGUCUCGGCGAGUGGUUCAGGACAGUUUUGUGGUUGUCGGGGCAAUGGAGGCGGAGAUGGAUGAUGGGUUGGGGCAGAGUAGUUGGGCAAAUAUGCCUUCGGAGUUGUUGAGGGAGGUGUUGGUGAGAAUAGAGGCGUCGGAGAGUAGUUGGCCAUUGAGGAAAAACGUGGUGGCCUGUGCCGGAGUGUGCCGGAGUUGGAGAGAGAUCAUGAAGGAAGUCGUGGGGACACCGGAGGUUUCUGGGAAGUUAACGUUUCCUGUUUCUGUUAAGCAGCCCGGUCCAAGAGAGUCUCUCCUCCAAUGUUUUAUAAAGCGGAACCGGGCUACGCAAACGUAUUAUCUCUACCUUAGUCUAUCGCAAGCACUGUCGGAAGAUGGAAAGUUUCUUCUUGCUGCUAGCAAGUGUCGGCAUCCCACCUAUACAGACUACAUGAUCUCUCUGAAUGCUGAUGAUAUGUCAAAGAAGAGCAAUACUUAUAUUGGAAAAUUGAGAUCAAAUUUUCUGGGGACAAAGUUUACAAUAUAUGAUGGUUUGCCACCUCAUGCUGGAGCUAGAAUGACAAAGAGUCACUCCACUAGGUUAGUGGGCUCAAAGCAAGUUUCCCCUAGAGUUCCUGCUGGCAACUAUCCUAUCGCACACAUUUCAUAUGAGUUGAAUGUAUUGGGAUCCAGGGGCCCAAGAAAAAUGCACUGUAUCAUUGAGGCGAUCCCAGCAUCUGCUAUUGCAUCUGGAGGGGUGUUUCCAGCGCAAACUGAGUUUCCUCUUAGCAACAUUGAUUCUUUUCCGACACUCCCCCUUUUUCGAUCGAGAUCAACCCGCCUGGAGAAAACUCUAUCCAGACAUCUGGAUGGUCAGAGAGAUGGAUCCCUGGUAUUGGAAAACAAAACUCCCAGAUGGCAUGAGCAGCUCCAGUGCUGGUGUUUGAAUUUUCAUGGACGAGUAACAGUUGCUUCAGUUAAAAACUUUCAGUUAGUGGCUUCUCCACAGAAUGGGCAGGCUGGGCCAGAACAUGAUAAGGUCAUACUCCAGUUUGGGAAAGUAGGGAAAGACGUGUUUACCAUGGACUACCGAUAUCCGAUAUCUGCAUUCCAGGCAUUUGCCAUCUGCCUUAGCAGCUUCGACACCAAGAUUGCUUGUGAAUGAUAUGGACUAAUAGGUCUGAAGUCUGAACCUAAAUUCUCUAAGUAUGGGUGCAUUUAUAGUCAUAUUAAUAUUGUUGGAGAUGCUCUGUCUACUUAUGUACUAAUUUUAUGUACUAGUUAGUAUGUUGUGUAUAUUGUUGGAACAAGCAGCAUAUUUCAAUGGUCCAGUUUUCUUACAUACGUGUUUUUAAAGCCAUGCUGGUGUGGAAUCUAGUUCGAGUUCAUUUUGUGUCAUCAACGUCUCUGCUGUAUGUUAAGGUUUAUUUUUAUAAUAUUUCCCCAGUUCAGUAUAAUUUGGGAGAAAAAAACCUAAUUUCCUAUGAAUUGAAUUUUUCUGCCCCGCAGCAGCCCACCGGUCAUUGCUCAUCUGCUGUAUCAUUUCUAUUGUAACUACGCUGCUCCAGUAUUCAGUUGUCAUCUCACCACCUGCAUCAUCUCUGUACAACUUUCCCUAACCAUCAUCCGCACCAUCUCCCCCAUUGCCAUCACCCACAAACACAUCAGCUUGUGUACACACUGUAAUCCAUUUUAUCUUAGUGAUAGGCAUCUCAUAUGUUGCAAGCUUAGUGUUAUGAUCAUACUGCUGUCAAUGGUAAAAUUUUGUUAACCAGACAGACGUUAAUAAAGUGAAAAUUGUCGCUGAGAAAAGGUUAAUAUGACGUGGUUUUUCUUGAAUUGGCAAUAUGUUAUGGUUUGGAUAUGUAUUCUUAUUGGUCGAACACUACAGUAGACGCUGAACAUGUGGCUGAUUAAGUUUUUUGUCAUGAUGCAGCAAGCAGAUUGGGAAGUUUACA